AUGGAUGAGCUCAUAGGAAAUCUAAAAUCCUAUGAAAUGAAGAAACAACAGGAGCAGGACAAGAAGGAACCCAAGAAAGAGAAGGCCUUGGCCCUCAAGGCAGCCAAAGGUGAAGCCUGUGAAAAAGAAGAAGAUGUGGCAUAUAUAACCGAGAGAUUUCUCAAGGUUUUGAGGAGAAAUGGUGGUUUUCAAAGGAGAGGUAACUCAAGCGGAUCAAUUGCUAGAAAUGACCUAUGUCAUAAGUGCAGAAAGGCUGGUCAUUUCAUCAAGGAAUGCCCAAUGCACAAACUAGAACACAAGGAUUAUAGGAGAGGCGGACCUGAUGAAGGAAAGCAGAAGGACUGA